AUGGGGACCCAAUGGUCUGCACAUUGGUGCGGUAAAAAGGAAGAAAACAGUCGAGACCCAGAAAAAGUUUCUACCACUGAGAAAAGUCAGGAACAGUCAGCCCCCCUCCUCAGACAGCCAAAUCUGCAGGGGGAGGAGAAAAGUCAGGAACAUGCGGCCCCCCUUCUUGGACAGCCAAGUCUGCAGGGGGAAGAGAAAAGUCAGGAACAGUCAACCCCCCUCCUCAGACAGCCAAAUCUGCAGGGGGAGGAGAAAAGUCAGGAACAUGCGGCCCCCCUUCUUGGACAGCCAAGUCUGUGGGGGGAGGAGACUUCAUGCAGACACGCAGAAGAAACCUCUGGAAAAAAUGACUGCAGUGACAACAGCAGUGCACAAGUUAAUGCCUUUAGUCCUUGCCUGUCUGCUUCAGUGACAAUAGAAGAGGAAGAAGCAAGCUGGGUGGACAGCAACAGGUUGGAGCUCAUUCGAAGUAUCACUUUGGUGAUGCCCGUAGCAGAUGAAAUGAGACAGUGGGGUAUGAUCCAUCCAGAGAUGUACAACAGAAUCCAUGCUGCACAAACAAGCCAGGAUAAAAUGAGAGAGCUCUACAAGGCACUGACUACUACAAAAGUCAAAUCUGCCUUCUACAGAAUCCUCCAAGAAAUUCAGCCACCGACAUGUGAAAGAGAAGAUGUCAUCAAAGAGGCCAUCAGAAAGAACAAAAAAUAUCUGAGGAAAAACUGUAAGUGGCAGUUGGAAGGCACUGAAAAAUCUCGCAAAGAUGAAAAAUCAUUGGACAAAAUUUACACAGAGCUUCACAUCAUAAAAGGAGAGAGUGAACAUGUCAAUGAACAACAUGAGAUCUGGGAGAUUGAAGAUAAAGUGAGGAAUCAAACUGCAGAGGGGACUAAGAUCAACUGUAAUGACAUCUUUAAAAAUGAGCGAGAUGACAGAGAAGUGAAAACAAUUAGGACUGUGAUGACAAAGGGAAUCGCUGGCAUUGGAAAAACUGUCUCUGUGAAGAAGUUCAUCCUUGACUGGGCAGAUGGAAAAGCCAAUCAGGACUUGGACUUUAUCUUCAUGUUUCCAUUCAGGGAGCUAAAUCUGGUCCAAGAUGAUCACAUUAGCCUUGAGAACCUUGUGAAAACAUUCCACCCAGUGCUUAAAAACAUAGCAGUUGUGAAAGCAUUUGCUGAUCGUAAAGUUUUGUUCAUUUUUGAUGGUCUUGAUGAAAGCCAACUUCAACUGAAUUUCAAAAUGUCCCAAAUAUUGACCGAUGCUACAAAGGAAUCCUCAGUGGACACUCUGGUGACGAACCUUAUCAGGGAAAAUCUUCUUCCCUCUGCAUUUGUUUGGAUAACUUCAAGACCAGGAGCAGUUCAACGCAUCCCUCGUAAAUUUAUCUACCAGUGGACGGAGGUGAGAGGAUUUAAUGAUCCACAAAAAAUAGAAUACUUCAGAAAGAGAGUUGAGGACGAAGCAGUUGCUGAAAGAAUUAUUGACCACAUGACCAUGUCACGGAGCCUGUACAUUAUGUGUCACAUACCCAUCUUCUGUUGGAUUGCCGUACAAGUUUUUGAGUAUUUGCUGCAUAAAACGGGCAAAACAAAAGAUGAAAAUGUAAAGAUACCCACAACUCUUACCGGAAUGUACACACACUUUUUUCUCAUUCAGAUGACAAUAGCCAGUGACAAAUAUGGCAACCAGGAAGAGCCUGAUGCAGCAGAGAUCUUUAAGUCAAAUGAAGAGUUCAUUUUAAAAUUAGGCAGGAUGGCUUUUGAACAACUGGAAAAAGGCAAGAUCAUAUUCACUGCUGAAGAUCUGGAAAAGUAUGGCAUAGACAUCUACAAAGCUGGAGUUUGCUGUGGGUUGUGUACAGCAAUAUUCAAAGAAGAGAACGUGUUCUGCACAAAGAAACUUUACUGCUUUGUUCAUCUGACAGUUCAGGAGUAUUUUGCUGCUCUCUUUGUAUAUCACAGUUUUGCAAGUAAAAAAAUAGAUUCUGAAAACCUCAAGGACUUCUUGCUGAAAGGGUCUGAUGAAGAGCUUAAGUCUAUCUUGGAAAUGGAUCCAGUGGAUCUUCCUUUGAAUGAACUGAUUGAAAUUGCAAUUGCUAAUUCAACUCAGAGAACGACCGGAGAACUGGACAUGUUCCUCAGGUUCCUUAUUGGCUUGUCUCUACAAUCAGCACAAGAACUGCUCCAAGGCCUGAUUCAACAAAAAGAGGAACACACUGCAAAUAUUGAAGAAAUUCGGACAAGUCUAUUAGAAAUAGAUCUAUUGGACUGCUCAGCUGAAAGAUGUCUAAACCUUGUCCACUGCCUGACUGAGCUGAAAGACAGUUCCCUGCAUGAUUCAGUACGGCAGUAUCUGAAUUCUUUUCCUGAAUCAUCGCUCUCCCCUGUUCAGUGCUCAGCUCUGGCUGACUUGAUUCUAAUGUCAAACACACCUCUGGAAGAGUUCAAUCUCAAGAAAUACAGACCAUCAACAAGAGGUAUUUUGAGACUCCUUCCAGCUGUGAGAAACUGCAGAAAAGCAAGAAUCUCAGGCUUGGAUCUUAGUGUUUGGGAAUAUAAAACUAUCUCUUCAGCUCUCUGCAUGCCACACUCUGUGCUGACUGAACUGCAUCUUGUCAAUAAUACAUUUCGUACCAAAUUUCAUCGUGUCCACAAUACAUUAGAAGGGUCAGAAAUCUUGGCUGAUGGACUAAAAAAAUCUCUUUGUAAACUAGAGGCUUUGAGUCUUUCUGGUCAAGGACUCUCAGACACACAGGCUGAAGAUUUUGCAUCAGCUAUCAAAUCAAUAAUCUCAAAUCUAAGAGAACUGGAGCUGAGUGGCAACAUACUGGAGGACUCAAUAUGUUCGGUGCUUUCUGUUGGAUUAGGCUGCCCUAAACUGGAGAAGCUCAGGCUGAACCGAAAUCCUAAGCCUGCAGAAAUCUGCCAACUGUUAGUUGCAGCAUUCACAUCCAACACUUGUUACCUGAGAGAACUGGAACUAAGCUACAUCAAUUUUAAAGACUCAGAAAUGAAGAUCCUCUCAGCUGGACUGAUGAACAUUAACUGCAGACUGAAGGCAUUGAGUCUCAGUCACAACAAACUCACAGAGAAAAGCUGUGAGAUUCUGGCCUCAGCAGUCAGCUCCAGAGCUUCCCACCUGAAAGAGUUGGACCUGAGCUAUAAUGACCUACAGGACUCAGGGGUGAGGGCACUGUGUAAUGCACUGAGGAGCCCACACUGUGGUUUAAAAGCACUCAGGCUGUCAUUUUGUAAAGUGACAGGAGAUGGAGGCUCCUCUUUGGCCUUGGCUCUAGACUCUGACCACUGCAGCCUCAAAGAUCUGGACCUCAGCUUUAAUAACCUCACUGAUGAAGCAGUCAAGCUGCUGACUGAAAAACAGAGGGAUUCCCACUGCAGUCUGGAAAAUCUCAAUGUGGACCAAAAUGAAGAAUGUUGGGUCGACCUGAAACUACUGAGACAGUAUGCCUGUGACCUCACACUUGACCCCAACACAGCUGGUGUCAAUAUGAUUUUAACCAAGGAGAACAAAAUGGCAGAAUUUGUUUCAGAGGAGCAACCAUAUCCUGAUCAUCCAGACAGAUUUGAGACUCUUCAGGUUCUGUGUGAAGAAGGUCUGACAGGUCGCCAUUACUGGGAAGCUGAAUGUUUCGGGGCUGAUGUUGGUGUGGCGUAUAAAAGUAUAGACAGGAGGGGAGACGCUCCCUCUGAGUUUUCUUUGGGAAACAAUGAAAAGUCUUGGUGCUGGAAGAAUAAUGGUUGUUUUUAUCAUAAUAAUUCCUGUGUAAACUUUGCAGACUGUAAAAUGUGGUCUAGUUGUAUCAUCGGAGUGUAUCUGGACUGGCCAGCAGGCAUUUUGUCCUUUUUUGAAGUCUUUCGUGAUACCGUUACCCACCUGUACACUGUGCACACAACUUUCACUGAACCACUCCAUCCUGGUUUCGGUGUGGAGCCAAGUGGAUCAGUUUACCUCCGUAAAAUAAAGUAGAAAUCUUGGAUGAAAGGAAAAUAAAAUUAUUUGAAGCACCAACGAGUUCAAGUAUACAAAGAAUAAAAUAAA